AUGGAACUAAACGACCAAAAUAAUUUAAUAAGAAAUUCUUUUAUUAAAAUGUUAUUAAAAAAAGGAAAAAAAAGUAUUGCUGAAAAUCUUUAUAAUAAUAUUUUAAUUGAAUUACGUAAAAAAACAAAACAAAAACCUUUAUUUAUAUUAAUAAAAACCAUUGAUAUUUUAGCUCCAAAAUUAAAAUUAAUAAAUGUACCUGUAAGUAAAAGAAGAACUCGAAAAAAAAAAAAUAAAUAUUUUUUAAUGUUUUUAAAUAAAGAGAAACAAGUAAAAGAUGCUGUUAAUUGGUUAUUAUCUUUCUCAAGAAAACGUAAAACAAAUUUUUUAAAAAAUAUUCUUAAUGAAAUUUUAGGUACUUUUAAUAAUAAAAGUAAAAGUAUUGUUAAACGAGAUGAUACUUAUAUCGAAAUACAAAAAUUACGUUAUAAUAUCAAAUUCAAUAGUACUGUUAAUUUAUUAGAUAAAGAAGAAGAUUUUUCAACUUUUUCUCAAAAAAAAAAAAAUAAAUAUUUAUUAUUUAAAAAAUAA